AUGGAAGACCUAGAUUUCGACAUUGCGUCCAACUCGACCCAAGACAUUCUCAACCGCAAACGGCUUCUGGAGAAUGAAAUCAAAAUCAUGAAGUCCGAGUUCCAGCGGCUCAGCCACGAGCGCAACACCAUGAACGAGAAGAUCAAGGACAACGCGGACAAGAUUGAAAACAACAAGGUGCUGCCGUAUCUGGUUGGCAACGUGGUGGAGCUGCUGGACAUGGAGGGCGAGGUGGCCGAGGAGGGCGCCAAUGUUGACGUGGAGGCGUCUCGAGUCGGCAAGUCUGCUGUCAUCAAAACGUCCACCCGACAAACGGUGUUUCUGCCGCUCGUGGGACUCGUCGAUCCUGAAACUCUCAAGCCCGGCGAUCUGAUUGGAGUCAACAAGGAUUCGUUUCUGAUUCUGGACACCCUGCCCGCAGAGUACGACUCGCGAGUCAAGGCCAUGGAGGUGGACGAAAAGCCCAAGGAAACCUACGCAGACAUUGGAGGUCUUGACAAGCAGGUGGAGGAGCUCGUGGAGGCCGUGGUACUGCCUCUCAAGCAGGCUGAAAAGUUCAAGCAACUCGGCAUCAAGCCCCCAAAGGGCGCUCUCAUGUACGGCCCUCCCGGAACCGGAAAGACUCUGCUGGCCCGAGCCUGUGCCGCCCAAUCUAACGCCACUUUCCUGAAGUUGGCUGCGCCCCAGCUGGUUCAGAUGUUCAUUGGUGACGGUGCCAAGCUGGUGCGAGACGCCUUUGCUCUGGCCAAGGAGAAGGCCCCCACCAUCAUUUUCAUCGACGAGCUGGAUGCCAUUGGAACGAAGCGAUUCGACUCGGACAAGUCCGGAGACCGAGAGGUGCAGAGAACCAUGUUGGAGCUGCUCAACCAGCUGGACGGUUUCGGAUCCGACGACCGAGUCAAGGUCCUUGCCGCCACCAACCGAGUCGAUGUGCUGGAUCCCGCUCUGCUUCGAUCCGGACGUCUUGACCGAAAGAUUGAGUUCCCUCUGCCUUCCGAAUCGGCACGAGCCGACAUUCUGCAGAUCCACUCGCGAAAGAUGACCUGCGACGACUCCAUCAACUGGAUGGAGCUGGCACGAUCUACCGACGAGUUCAACGGAGCACAGCUCAAGGCUGUGACUGUGGAGGCGGGUAUGAUUGCGCUUCGGUCUGGCAAGAACAAGAUCACCCACGAGGACUUUGUUGAGGCCAUCACCGAGGUCCAGGCACGAAAGUCCAAGUCCGUGUCUUUCUAUGCAUAA